AUGGUUCUCACCGAACUCCCCUCUACGGGGAAAUUCAUCGACCAUCUCAUCGCAAACCACAUCCAAAAACUCGACCAAGACCCGCACAGCACCGAAAGCGAUCGCCCGUUCUUCAUCGCCGACACAGGCCCAGCCUUAAAUCUGUACAACCGCUGGCGACGCGCCCUGCCCAGCGUAGCCCCGUUCUACGCUGUGAAAUGUAACCCGGACGUGCGGUUUCUGCGGUUCCUGGCCGACCUGGGACUGGGCUUCGACUGCGCCUCGCAGACGGAGAUCGAGCUGGUCCUGUCCCUGGGCGUGGACCCCUCGCGCAUCAUCUUCGCGCACCCGUGUAAAUCUGCCUCGGCGAUCCGCGUCGCGGCCGCCCACGGCAUCACGCUCACCACCUUCGACAACAUCGACGAGCUCGACAAGAUGAAAGCACACGCUCCUGAUAUGCAGCUGCUCCUCCGGAUCUACGCGCAAGACGACACCGCCGCGGCGCAGCUGGGGAAUAAGUUCGGUGCGCCGUUGACAGCAGCGGAGCCACUGCUGCGAAGGGCGAAGGAGCUGGGUCUGAAUGUGAGGGGAGUGAGUUUUCACGUCGGCUCGGGCGCCCGCAACCCGCUCGCCUUCACAAAAGCAAUCCACCAAGCACGCCACGUCUUCGACCUCGCCCAACACCACCUCAACACAAAAAUGGACAUCCUCGACAUCGGCGGCGGCUUCCAAGACACCAACUUCGAAGAGAUGGCAGUUCCGCUCGCGUACGCCCUGGAUGAGGCCUUUCCCGCCAACACUGACUCCCCGGUGCGCGUAAUCGCCGAACCAGGCCGGUACUUCGCCCGAAGCCUGUACACGAUGGCCUGCAAGGUGAUCUCGCGACGGCGGCAGCUGCUCGAUUACACGCCGUACCCGUCCAUGCUUCCCGAUAUGUUGUACCUGAACGAUGGGGUGUAUGGGAGCUUUAUGUUGGUUUUGUUGGAGAAUGAGGUUUUUGUGCCGGAUACGGUUGCGGUUAGGGGUGUGCUGGGGGAGUUGGGGGACGAGGAAGGGCAGCGGCUGCGAGCGACAGGACCGCAUCAGUAUUCGAUAUGGGGACCUACGUGUGAUGGCAUUGAUUGUGUGGCGCCUGAGGUGGUGAUGGAGGGGGAGGUUGGUGUUGGGGAUUGGUUGGUGUUUCGGGAUAUGGGGGCGUAUAGUGUGGUGAGUGCGACGCGGUUCAAUGGGUUCUCGAACGACUAUGAUGUGAUCUACGCCAGUGACUACAUGGCGGCUGCUUCCGGGGUACAGGGCCCGACUGCUGAUUCUUCGGGGAUGUUGUGGAAAUACGUCGAGUGGUUCUUACCUGGGCCUCUGCGAGGUUUGUUGAAGCAGAGGGUUUAG